AGUUAAUUAUGUUUAAUAUUUAUAUAUGAAAGACCGACGAAGUGGAAAUCGUCUCUCUUCCUCUCCACUAUAGAUUCGAUACCACUUUUGUCCUCCUCUGUACGGACUUUAUCGUCAGUGGCCUUUGGCCAAACAACAUACCUCAAUAUUCUCCGUUUUCAUUACCAAGAAUCAGAAAACCUACUUAUACAUAUAUUAUUUAGAUAUAUAUAUACAUUUAUUUGCAAUUAUACAUAAAAAUAUAAUUGAAUUGAUUCCGGCUUCUUGUUGCAUUGUUUGGGAGAUUCAUGAGUUUUGUAGAAAUUCAGGUAGUAUUUGUAUGAUUUUGAUUGCAGGUGUAGGUUGAGGAGGGUUUGCGGUGAGUUUUCGGGCCCAGUCGUUUCAGAAUGAAAGGAGGUUUUUAUGGACUAAGGGCUAAAGAACUGUCUCUUGUUACCAUUCUACUUAUGUGCACGACCGUUUUUGUAUUGACAUGGAAGAGAACCCCGCUUCUUACCACAUUUCCACCCCAAGGCGGAUUGCAAUUGACUCCAGUUGGCUUGGGUAAAGAAAAAGUGGCAUUUGCAGUAAAAGAUUCUAAAAGUGAAAAACUUGGAAAAACGGAAACAGAAAAUGAAGAAAUAGGAAACCAAGUAACAGAAAAUGGAAAAACAGAAACAGAAAAUAAAGAAAUUGGAAAUGAAAAAACAGAAAUGAAUGAAAGCGUAGUGAGAAAGGAACUUGAAGAGAAGGGAAAAGAAAAAAAGGAACAUGAAGAAAAUGAAAAGAAAGCAGCUCCAGCAGGUCCCGUGAAAGGGUCUUCUAAAAGCAGUAAAAUUAUGAGUAGCAAUUAUCUGUCACUUCCCAACGUGAAUAAUGGGUCUACACCUACAGAUUUAUUUGGGGGAAAGAAUGGAGAAAAUUUGAAGGAUCAUAGUGUAAAUCAAGCCUGCAAUUAUGGAAAUGGAAAAUGGGUUGUAGAUCACAACCGGUCUUUAUAUUCAGGGUUCGGCUGUAAGCAAUGGCUUUCAGAGAUGUGGGCUUGCCGGAUGACACGGCGUACAGAUUUUGCCUAUGAGAAGCUCCGGUGGCAACCAAAGGAUUGUCAAUUGGAAGAAUUUGAAGGUUCUAAGUUUUUAAAAAGGAUGCAAAACAAAACUUUGGCUUUUGUUGGAGAUUCACUGGGCAGACAGCAGUUCCAGUCUCUAAUGUGCAUGGUCACUGGUGGUAAUGAGAGGAAUGAUGUCAUUGAUGUUGGGGAGGAGUAUGGAAUUGCUCGUGCUCAUGGCAAUGCUCGUCCUAGUGGGUGGGCAUAUCGAUUCCCCAGUACCAAUACCACCAUUCUCUACUACUGGUCAGCAAGCCUCUGCUAUAUAGAGCCUAUGGACAAGUCAAAUCCAAAUACAGAUUAUGCCAUGCAUCUUGAUCGUCCUGCAGCAUUCUUAGUUCAAAAUAUUCACAGAUUUGAUGUCUUGGUUCUGAACACGGGGCACCAUUGGAAUCGUGGAAAGCUCAAUGCAAACCGCUGGGUAAUGCAUGUCAGAGGUGCACGAAACACUGAUAAGAAUAUACAAAUCAUUUGGAAGGCCAGAAAUCUGACAGUUCACAGCAUUAUCAAAUGGGUGAACUCCCAGUUACCAAAAUAUCCUAAUUUGGAAGUAUUUUAUCGAUCCAUCUCACCUAGGCAUUUUGUUGGUGGGGAAUGGAACACUGGGGGCAGCUGCGACAAUACCACUCCGAUGUCCAUAGGCAAGGAAGUGGAUCGAGACGAGUCUAGUGAUUCUGUUGCUGCAGCUGCAGUGAAGGGAACAGGAGUUAAGCUGUUGGACAUUACGGAUCUUUCCCAGGUCCGGGACGAGGCUCAUAUAUCCUGGUUCCGCAGUUCAACCGGAUCAUCUGAUUGUCUGCAUUGGUGUUUACCAGGCCUUCCAGAUACAUGGAAUGAAAUUCUUUUCGCACAAUUAUAGUCUCCUCUAGUUGAUUCUAAACCACAACUUGUUUCCACAAGAUGCCCUGAACAGGUAAAAGGGCAGUCUUUGAAUGCUGUGCUCUACAACAUGAUACAAUUAUCCGGGAUGAUUGAAGCACCGAAUAGAGAACAGCCCAAAUUUGAUAUGUGAAAGAAAAUGGCAAUCAUACAAGUGAUAGGUAUUUCUUGAUUGAAAGUAACGACCAUGCUAGUCCCCGUGGUCUUGGCAUCAGUAGAUAUAUGUACUAGUUGUAGUUAGUUAGUAAGCCAUACCUCAUUCCCGGUUUUGCUGAUAUUGGUGCUUCCCUAGUUGUUGGAGACACUGGAGAGAACAAACAACCAUGUAAGUUUUUUCUUUUUCUCAACUCUACAACCAAACAUCACAUUUAUUAUUUGGUCGUAUCUUCUGUUUAGGAUUAGAAAACACACAUCUUAGGACAUUCGGAAUUUUAUUACUCUUAAAUUAUAUCCAAUGCACGAUAAAUGUGUAAUUUUUUUUGUGAUUAUGUCCGAUCCGUGUUCAUUUUUGAAAAGACUCUUCUGUAGCUAGCAAUUUGCACUUUUUAAUAGAUGUAGUCUGUAGACCUUUCCUUUGAGGA